GCCGCGCGCGCUCCCGCUAACUCUGACUCGCGGAGCUGCUGCUGGACAAAAAGGAGUCGUUAAAGAAAGAGAGAGAAAGAGAGAAAGAGAGAGGGAGAGACGGGAUAAUGGCGGAGUGUCGGUGGAGUUAAACAGCAGGAUGAAGUGUUUAUUCUCGGAUCUGCUGCUUUUCUGCUCUUUUACUCUCAGUGUCGGUUCUCCUCUGCUGCUCUUUGCUAAUCGCCGUGAUGUGCGCUUGGUGGACGCCGAGUCAGUGCGCGCAGACUCUGCUGUGUUGGUUGGUGAUCUGGAGGACGCGGCUGCUGUCGACUUCCUGUUCUCAGAGAGUCUGGUGUUCUGGACCGACGUCAGUGAGGAGGCCAUUAAACAGACAUUUUACAACCAGAGCAGCAACGCGGUAAAAGAAGCAGUCCUGGGUUCUGGUCAGAAGGUGGUGGUUUCAGGUCUAGACUCUCCUGAUGGUCUGGCUUGUGAUUGGCUCGGACGGAAACUCUACUGGACCGACUCAGAGACCAACCGUAUUGAGGUGGCGAAUCUGGACGGAACGUCACGGAAAGUUCUGUUCUGGCAGGAUCUGGACCAGCCUCGGGCCAUAGCACUCAAUCCAGCACAGAGGUACAUGUAUUGGACAGAUUGGGGAGAGGAGCCGAGGAUUGAGCGCUCUGGGAUGGAUGGAAGCAGCAGGAAGGUGAUUAUAGAGGAGGAUAUUUAUUGGCCCAACGGCCUGACCAUCGACCUGGACGAGCAGAAGCUGUACUGGGCCGACGCCAAACUCAGCUUCAUCCACAGAGCGAACCUGGACGGCACCGCACGAGAGACGGUGGUGGAAGGGACACUCACACAUCCAUUUGCUCUCACACUCUUUGAUGAGACGCUCUACUGGACAGACUGGCAAACUCGCUCCAUUCACGCCUGCAACAAACACACAGGCAACAACCGCAGAGAAAUCCUCAACAGUAUCUACUCACCUAUGGACAUCCAGGUGCUGGAGCAGAAGAGACAGCCUUAUAUCCACACACCCUGCAGUGAUGGAAACGGUGGAUGUUCUCACCUGUGUCUGCUCUCGCCCUCACCUCCGUAUUACAGCUGCUCCUGUCCCACUGGUGUCAAACUCCAAGAGGACAGCAAGACCUGUAGACCAGGAGCGGAGGAGGUUCUGCUGCUGGCUCGUCGGACCGAUCUGCGUCGGAUCUCUCUGGACCUUCCAGAUUUCACUGACGUAGUCCUGCAGGUGGGUGACGUCCGUCAUGCCAUCGCCAUCGACUACGACCCGGUGGAGGGAUACGUGUACUGGACGGACGACGAGGUGCGGGCGAUCCGGCGUUCUCGGCUGGAUGGAAGUGACGCCCACACACUGGUGAGCGCUGAGGUGGAGCAUCCGGACGGCCUCGCCAUCGACUGGAUCGCACGGAACCUGUACUGGACAGACACAGGGACCGACCGCAUCGAGGUGACGCGCCUCAAUGGCUCAGCUAGGAGAAUCCUCAUCUCUGAAGGACUAAGCGAGCCCAGGGCCAUCGUUCUCGAUCCGGUCAACGGCUACAUGUACUGGACGGAUUGGGGCCAGAAGCCGAAGAUCGAGCGUGCGAAUCUGGACGGCUCAGAGCGUGUGGUUCUGGUGAACACGUCUCUCGGCUGGCCGAACGGAUUAGCGCUGGAUCCCACGGCAGGAAAGCUGUACUGGGGAGAUGCUAAAACUGACAAGAUCGAGGUUAUAAAUGUGGACGGGUCGAACAGAGCGACUCUACUGGAUGAUAAACUGCCGCACAUUUUUGGCUUCACGCUGCUUGGUGACUACAUCUACUGGAGCGACUGGCAGAGGCGGAGCAUCGAGCGUGUUCACACCACCAAGAUCACACGUGAGGUCAUCGUCGAGCAGCUGCCUGACCUCAUGGGCCUCAAAGCCACCAAAGUCAGCGAGAUGUUCGGCACUAACGGCUGCACUGAGUCCAAUGGAGGAUGCAGUCACUUGUGCUUCAAUGGGCCGCGUGGUCUCACGUGUGCGUGUCCGAUGGGUCUAGAGCUCCUCAGUGAUCUGCGCACGUGUGUUGUUCCUGAAGCGUUCCUGCUCUUCACCAACCGCGUCGACAUCCGCAGCAUCUCACUGGGAACCAACAGCAACGACGUGGCCAUCCCACUCAGCGGUGUUAAAGAGGCUUCAGCACUUGACUUUGACUUUGCAGAGAACCGAAUCUUUUGGACUGAUAUUAGCACCAAGACGAUCAGCCGUGCGUUUAUGAACGGCAGUGGUGUAGAGGCAGUGAUCGAGUUUGGCCUGGAUUAUCCCGAGGGAAUGGCUGUGGACUGGAUGGGCAGGAACAUCUACUGGGCCGACACCGGAACCAACCGGAUCGAGGUGGCCCGUCUGGACGGUCAGUACCGCCAAGUUCUAGUGUGCAAAGACCUGGACAACCCUCGCUCGCUAGCUCUGGAUCCGGCUAACGGGUUUAUGUACUGGACGGAGUGGGGGGGUCGGACCCGCAUCGCCAGCGCCCACAUGGACGGCACCAACAUCAUCAGUCUGGUGGAUAAAGUGGGUCGAGCCAAUGGCCUGACCAUCGACUACAUGGAUCAGAGACUGUACUGGACCGACCUGGACACGUGCAUGAUCGAGUCCACCAACAUGCAGGGUCUGCAGCGUGAGAUCAUAGCUGAUGAUCUCCCACACCCCUUUGGUCUGACUCAAUACCGAGACUUUAUCUACUGGACCGACUGGAACCUGCGCAGUAUCGAGCGAGCGGAUAAGCGGAGCGGCCAGAACCGGACUCUGGUGCAGGGACAGCUGGAGUACGUCAUGGACAUCCUGGUGUUUCACUCGUCACGACAGGAUGGAACCAACCUGUGCUCACACAACAACGGUCACUGUGCUCACCUGUGUCUGGCCUCGCCCUCAGGGGCUCAGUGUCGCUGUGCAUCACAUUACACACUGCAGCCCAAUGGACAUAACUGCAGCUCUCCCUCCAGUUUCCUGUUGUUCAGUCAGAAGAGUUCCAUCAGUCGGAUGGUUCUGGGAGAGCAGACUCCGGAUAUGAUUUUGCCGAUCCAUGUGUUGAGGAAUCUGCGAGCGAUCAGCUUUGACCCACUGAAGCGUUUUAUUUACUGGAUUGACGGAAAGCAGAGCAUCCGCAAGGCCAAAGAUGACGGCUCUCAGGCGAUGACUGUGGUGUCCCCGAGCCCCGUGCAGCCUCUCAAACAGCCUCAUGAUCUAAGUGUGGAUCCGUUCAGCCGCACGGUGUACUGGACCUGUGAGAACACCAACACCAUCAACGUGCAGCGCAUGGACGGGCAGAUCGUCGGGGAAGUGUUGAGAGAUGACGUGGACAAACCCAGAGCCAUCGUUGUCAACGGAGAGAAAGGCUACAUGUACUUCACUACGCUGCAGGAUCGCUCGGCCAAGAUCGAGGGCGCGUCUUUAGACGGGACGGAGCGUGAGUCUCUGUUCACGACCGGUUUGAUCCGGCCUGUGGCGCUCGCUCUGGAUAACAAACUGGGCAAGCUGUUCUGGGUCGACGCGGAUCUGAAGCGCAUGGAGAGCAGUGACCUGUCCGGAGCCAAUCGGAUUGUCCUCCAGGACUCUAACAUCCUGCAGCCGGUCGGUCUGACCGUCCUGGGUGAUCAUCUGUACUGGAUCGAUAAGCAGCUGCAGAUGAUUGAGCGUGUGGAUAAGCGCACUGGAGACAAGAGGACACGGAUUCAGGGACGGAUUCAGUCUUUAACUGGAAUUCAUGCCGUGGAGCUGAUGGAGACGGACGAGUUCUCUUCUCAUCCUUGUUCCCGUGACAACGGAGGAUGCUCACACAUCUGCAUUGCCAAGGGAGAUGGAACUCCACGAUGCUCGUGUCCUGUACACCUUGUACUGCUGCAGAACCUGCUCAGCUGUGGAGACCCGCCCACUUGCUCGGCAGAUCAUUUCACAUGUGCGACAGGCGAGAUCGACUGCAUCCCGAUGACGUGGCGGUGUGAUGGCAUUGCCGAAUGCGCUGACCACAGUGAUGAAAUGAACUGCCCCAUGUGCUCAGAUCAACAGUUUCAGUGUCACGGUGGCCAGUGUCUCGAUGCAAAGCUGCGCUGUAACGGAGAGCAGGACUGUACUGACGGAUCUGACGAACUCGACUGCCACACCAUCUGCAUGCCAAAUCAGUUCCGCUGUAAAAAUAAUAAAUGCAUCUCGAAGAAGCAGCAGUGUGACUCGUACCCCGACUGCUCAGAUGACUCAGAUGAGCUUUUCUGUGAUUUCUCACCACCCAGCGGUGACGAGCACCACACCAACACCAUCGGGCCAGUGAUCGGUAUCAUCCUGUCAGUGUUCGUGCUGGGCGGGAUAUGCUUUGUGUGUCAGCGCGUUGUGUGUCGCCGCUACAAAGGGCCAAGCGGGGGAUUCCCUCAUGAUUACAUCACUGGGACCGCUCAUGUCCCACUGAACUUCAUCAGCACCAACAAUACGCAGCACGCUAACUGUACAGGUAUAUCAUGUGGGAAAUCACUUGUGAGCUCAUUCAGUCUUAUGGGCAGCAGCAGCAGUGGAGCUCCGCUAUACGACAGGAACCACGUGACCGGAGCUUCAUCCAGCAGCUCCUCCAGCACCAAAGCUGCCUUUUACCCUCAGAUUUUGAAUCCUCCCCCGUCACCAGCCACAGAUCGCUCACUAUACAACACUGAAGUGUUUUAUUCAUCCAACAGCCCGUCUACAACGAGGUCUUACAGGCCCUAUGUGGUACGUGGCGCUGCUCCACCCACCACGCCCUGCAGCACAGAUGUGUGUGACAGCGACUACACGCCAAGCCGGUGGAAGAGCAACAAGUACUACAUGGAGGUGAACUGGGACUCGGAGCCGUGCCCACCUCCACCCACCCCACGCAGCCACUACAUGUCUGCCGAGGAGAGCUGUCCUCCAUCACCCUCCACUGAGCGCAGCUACUUUCACCUGUGUCCACCCCCACCCUCACCCUGCACAGACUCGUCCUGACCACACACACACACACACACACACACACUUGAAGCCAUGUGGGCGUGUUUAUUUUCCCUCAAACCAAAAAGACAUUAUUUUUUACAGCGGUGAUGUUGUACAUAUGUAUAAUAACAUAAAUAAUAAUGAUAACAAUAAUAAUAAUAGUAAUAAUAAUAAUAAUGACAUUGUCAUCGUCGUCAUGGAGACGUGUCCUGCCGAUUGUUCUCUUUGUGAAUUUUUUUUUUCGAAUUACGCAAUAUAUGUUUGGCUAGUUCUGUUUACCAAAAGUGUGUUUGCUGCUAUUGUACAUAAUCUGAAUAAUGAUGAAAAAACAGCUGGUAAAAUCAUAUAUAUGUAUAUAUAUAUAUAUAUAUAUAUAUAUAUGAACACACACACACACACACACACACACACAAUCAGUUAUAGAUAUAUUAAUACGAAUAUAAAUAUGGCUGUAGCUUGCUCUUGAAAUCGUACUGAUAGCGCUAGUGUUUUAAUCGUACUCUUAUUGAGCUCAAAGCAGUGUUUCAGCUUCCCUCGUGUACAGAAUCACAUCUGAAUAUAAAACGUGGCUCACGUGAGAGAGGUGAAACGUCAGGACUAAAACGUCUGGAACAUAAUGUGUCUGUCAAUCAACUCCUUAGCCACACCCUGCUACAUAUUUAUAGAUUUAUAUAAUAUUAUAAAAAUAUUAAAGUGAAGGGAACUGUUAGGACUAAUAGAAAUGAGUUUGACAUUUAAACUAGAUUUAUUUUCCUAAUAUAGAUGUAAAUAAAUUAUCACAGGACAGGAAGCUGUGACCAUAUAAGGGAAGUAAGUCUUUUGUCUCCCAGCCAAUCAGCAUACACCAUUUUGGAUUAACAGAUGAGAAUGUAGAAGAAAAAAGCUAGCUGUGUUUAGCUUGUGUUAGCAUGUGGGUCAUUAGCAAGUGUGACACAAUGUCAGCUCUGGACUUGUUUGUGUAAACUCAGCUUUAAUUAGGAGAGUUUACUUUUAGUUUAGUUUUAGUUUAAAACGUACAUCUUACUCUUGCCCUUGAAAUGAACCAACAGAUGAUUUCACACAUUUUAGCUCAUGUAGUCAGUCUCUGUGUGUAAAAGAACGUUGGGUCGAAUUUUUACAUGAAGCACUUUUUUUACAUUUAAAAAUGUAUCUGGAUCUUUCAGGCUGCCGUGAGCCGACAUUAAACUGUCACAUCACCAGAAAGUGUGGAACUGUUACAGAUGCUGAGGGUCCACAUGUGCAGUGGCUUUCACUUCUAACUGCCACUGAUGAUGUCACUAAACUGACCAAUCAACAACUCAGUUUUAAACUCCUCUUGCUCUCUCUCUCUCUCUCUCUCUCUCUCUCUCUCUCACACACACACACACACAUACAUAUACACACACACAUACAUAUACACACAAACAUACACACACACAUACAUACAUACAUACACACACGUACAUACAUACACACACAUACAUACAUACACACAGACUGGGCUACCUUCUCACUUUAUCACUGAUUUUCACAACUUGUUAUUUUACAAAAUUAUUUUGUUUGUUUAAAAUGUAUUAAAUAUAAAGUAAAAUUUCUUUUUCUUUCUUUCCAUUGUACUUUCUAUUUGUUUUUUAUUUCUUACAUUCUUAAUCUCACCCAUUCCUAAUUUUCUUGUUCUUUCCCUUCUUACUUUCUUUCAGUCUUCUUUUGCAGACGUAGUAAACUCUCUUUAACUGGAGAGAUCAGUGGAGGUUUAAUGCUUUUUUUCCUGGUUGUGAUUGACAUCAUCUCAGAUGUGUAGUGAAGCUGAAAGCAGCCUCAUUAACUUGCUUAUAAAUUAACUGAUUAAUGUCUCAUCCAGGUUGUGUUUAAGCCCUGAGUGUGACCGAAUCACAUCUUUUGGUUUGUGUGACGCUUGUUUUCUGUCUUUUUUAUUGAUCUGUGAUUGUUAGUUUUUUUCUUGUGUAAUGUAGUGUGUGUAUGUGCAGCUUCCACACUGCCACCGAGCUUCAGAUCUGUGUUUAUUGUACAGAUGCCUCAUGUAAUGCACAUUUGUGAUGAUUUUUUUCUAUCAGAUACAUUUUUAUAUAUAAUAAAGGUUAUAUUUUACAGAG